UCCCCAAAAUUAAACAAACCCUCGUCUGUUUUCAUUACCGAUCGGUUCGCAAAAUCCAUCCAUCUGAACGUCACGACGUCGUUUUGUAAGUUCCAAUUCUUCAUCUCUCAUACUCAAUCCCUAUAUCUAUAUCUAUCUCAAUAUAUAUUAGUUAUAUAAUUAAUUAGAAAAUGGGGAAAAACGAUUUUUUAACACCAAAAGCAAUAGCAAACAGAAUAAAAGCAAAAGGGUUACAAAAACUUAGAUGGUAUUGUCAAAUGUGUCAAAAACAAUGUAGAGAUGAAAAUGGAUUCAAGUGUCAUUGUAUGAGUGAAAGUCACCAAAGACAAAUGGAGGUUUUCGGGCAAAACCCGCAUAGGAUAGUCGAGGGAUAUUCCGAGGAGUUUGAGAGCAUGUUUUUGGAACAUAUGAAAAGGAGUCAUAGGUUUAGUCGAGUAGCCGCGACUGUUGUUUAUAAUGAGUAUAUAAAUGAUAGACAUCAUGUGCAUAUGAAUUCGACGCAGUGGGCUACGUUGACUGAGUUUGUUAAGUAUUUAGGGAAGACGGGGAAGUGUAAGGUUGAGGAGACGUCGAAAGGUUGGUUUAUGACCUAUAUUGAUAGGGAUUCCGAGACCCUUUUUAAAGAAAAGUUGAAAAGUAAGCGGGUUAAAGCGGAUGUUGCUGAUGAAGAGAAACAAGAGAGGGAGAUUAGGAGGCAGAUUGAACGGGCCGGGCAAUUGAAUGGGGGUGUAGGGGAUGCGGGUUUGGAGAGUGAGGAAGCGAGGUUGUUGGUGAGAGAUGACAAUGGGAGUGAGAAGAAGAUUAAGUUGAGUAUCGGUGAGAAAAAGAGUGUUGGGAAAGAGAAGGGUGAAGGGGGGUCGAGAUUUGUGUUUGAGGAAGUCGAGGAUGUGAAGAAGAAGGCGGUUGAUAAGAAGGAGAAGACGGUUGGUGGGUCGGCGUUGGAUGAGUUGAUAAGGGAAGAAGAGAAGGCGAAAGAGAGGAGUAACCGGAAAGAUUAUUGGUUAUUUGAAGGGAUCGUUGUGAAGGUGAUGAGUAAAGAUUUGGCGGAGAAAGGGUAUUAUAAGCAAAAGGGUGUUGUACGAAAGGUGAUUGAUAAGUAUGUCGGGGAGAUUGAGAUGGUUGAGAGUAAGCAUAAGUUGAGGGUAGAUCAAGAAGAGCUUGAGACGGUUAUUCCGCAAAUUGGUGGGGUUGUGAAGAUUGUGAACGGUGCGUACCGUGGGUCGAAUGCAAGGUUGGUUUCUGUAAAUACAGAGAAAUUCUGUGCCAAAGUCCAGAUUGAGAAGGGUAUCUAUGAUGGGAGAGUUAUCCAAGCGAUAGAAUAUGAAGAUAUAUGUAAACUUGCUCAGUGAAAGUUGUGUGAUGAACUACUAUUGUCUCUAGCAGGUGAUUUAGAUGGAGAUAUGUAAUUGACAAUUGAAGAUGACGAAUUUCAAUCAAACAAAGAUUUUCAAGAUGGAAAAACAUUCAAACAAAGAGGGGAUCCUAUGCUGGUGCUAUUCCCCUUUCCGGUAGGAAUGUCAACAACAGUUAUGUCAUUUAUAAUUUCUCAAUUGUUGCACAUGUCACUUGCUACAAAAUAGCAACCUCUUUCCUUUAAAUGUGGGUAGUUGUAAACUGCAUGUUAGUAAAUAGGAGCAUGAGACUGUUACAUAAAUCCUCCAGGUAUCGUUUUACACAGACGAAUGUAGCAUUUAGUUUGGAUUUCUAUGGAAUUGCUGCGUUUUAUUCAUCUGGGGAAAUAAACCAAGUUUCUGUAUUC